GGGAGUGGUAUAAAAGCAUGGGCCACCGAAUACAAAGUAGAAAUGACCGGAGUGUAGUCUAUCUGAAUUGUACUGGAUACAUUAUUCACGGCCUGAGAUUUGUUAAUACCAUCGGUGAUUUGUGAAAUUUGUGCUGGUUUACCAGAGCUGACCUGAAGGGCACAACUUUAGUGAAGUCGGGCAGUGUUGGUACUGGACAUAGAGAGGGCUUCACACUGGAGCUGUGUGUGUGACAACAUUGGGCUGACAUAGAGAACCGAUACAUUUUUAACCUUUGGAGGAAAGCCGUCUUCAUUGACUGAAGCGUUCAUCAUAACAGCGUUGAACAGGAACGCGGCACUUGCUUCACUUCAAGAUGUCUUUCGUUUUAAUAGCAUUUGUGCUCUAUAAUCAGAUUGAAAAUAUAGCUACAGCGCGCUCAUCUGACUUCCUAAGUCCUUCACUUAGCAUAAGAGCGAAGCAAUAUGUCAUUAGCAUGAACGAGACACUACAUGUGGCAUGCAGGGGAUCAUCACAUGUAUCAUGGUCCUGGCCAAAUCAUGUAAUUAAUGGAACUGAAAGACUGAGUAUAAUUAAUUUUAACAGUGGGGUCAGCAAUAGACCUUUCUGGAGUAACCUGACUUUAAGCAAAACGCAGGCUAAAGACACAGGAUACUAUUACUGCAAUAGCUCAUCUUCAAAUGCCCGACAAAGAAAGACUGCGCUCUAUAUAUUUGUUAAGGACAAACACAGUCCCUUUGUUGAGCAAUACACAGAUGUUCCCAAAGUCGUGUACAUGACAGAAGGAAAGACGCUAAUUAUACCAUGCAGGGUCACAGCCCCAGAUCUCACCGUCACUUUGAAAACAAAUUCCUUGUCCUUUACCAUUGAUGGAAAGGAAGUUAUAUGGGACAGCAAACAAGGCUUUGUUAUUUCCAGACCUACAUACAAAUUUAUUGGUCUGCUGACAUGUGAAACUAGUGUGAAUGGCAGCACGUUUCGGUCUAUUUAUUUAACACACAGACAGGUCAAUAGCAUCAAGAAUGUACAGCUCAAUGUGACCAGUCCAGUCAAGAUGCUGAGUGGAAAAACACUUGUAAUCAAGUGCACAGUGACAGCAAAACUGAAUUCAAGAGUUGAAAUUGUUUGGGAUUUCCCUGGCAAAGAAAAUAGAAAUGCAUCUAUAACCACUAGAAUUGACCAGACAGACCCUAGAAUAAAUACAUUUUACAGCACAUUUGUUAUAGAAAACGUGUUUACAACAGACAAGGGAAACUACAUCUGUCAAGUGAAAAGUGGGGAAACUAUGAAAAAAAGGAAAGCAACAGUUAAUGUUUAUGCAAAACCAUUUAUUAAUGCCAGAUGCCGGAAAUCAUGUAUUGCGGAUGUCCUUGCUGGGCAGGGAGCCUAUCGUUUUCCAGUAAAAGUCAAAGCUUUUCCACCACCAGAGAUUUUAUGGUUAAAGAAUGGGCAACCUAUUGCUGAAAGAUCUACUCGCUAUAAGAUCACUGGCUACGCACUGACAAUAAGAGAUAUUUCAGAAGAAGAUGCUGGCAGUUAUAGUAUUAUACUGGAGCUCAAACAAUGGAACCUUUACAAGAACAUCACAUUCUCUCUUAAUGUAAAUGUAAAACCACAUAUAUGUGAAAAGGCAGUGUCCAAUCAGAACUUUGAUCUCUUCUCAUUGGGCAGCAAACAGAUUCUGUCAUGCACUGCCUAUGGCAUCCCUAUUCCUAGAAUUCUAUGGGGAUGGCAACCUUGUGCCCAAAGUAGUUCAAAAGCACAAUGUAAAACACAAGAGACUGAAAGCAGCACUGUUUUUCUGGAUGCAUUUGGCAGCAACAUGACUGGAAAUAAGAUACAUGGUGUUACUGAAAGAACAGAAUUACUGGAUGGAAAAUACAAGACUGUUAGUGCUCUAGUGGUGGCUGAAGCCAAUAUUUCUGGAAUUUACCGCUGCUUGGCUGUAAACAAAGUAGGAAAAGAUGAAAGAAAUAUUAACUUUUUUAUCACAGAUAUACCAAAUGAAUUUGGAUUUGAGGUUGGAGUGGGACAUGAUGCAUUGCCUACUGAAGGUGAUGACCUGAUUCUAUUCUGCCGAGCCAACAAAUUUUUAUACUCGAACAUUACUUGCCGUCUUCUGAGCAGGGACAAUCAUACAGUGUAUCACCUCAGCAUGAAUGAGAUAAACACCAAAGAGUAUUCAGUAGCUUUGAAUUUUACAAUCAAAAGUGUAUCUCUGGAUCAAUCUGGAACUUAUGAAUGUGCAGCGGAAAACAUUAUCACUCGGGAAGAGACAAUUCAGAGGCAGAAGAUUUAUAUUAGAGCUCAGGAAGUCCCAUAUCUGUUGCGCAACCUAACUAGCCAAGAGGUGAAUGUCAGUAGUUCAAUUACUUUGGAGUGCCAUGUGGAGGGAAGACCAAUGCCACAAAUUAUAUGGUACAAAAACAACCGGAGGUUACUUGUGGAAUCAGGUAUAACUCUAGGACCAGGAAGCAAAACCUUAAUUAUUGAAAGAGUCAAAGAAGAGGAUGAAGGUUUUUAUCAGUGCCAUGCCGCAAACAGGAAAGGCUUUGUGGAGACUUCUGCUUACAUCACUGUUCGAGGACCGACAGAGAAUUCAAACCUGGAGUUGAUCACACUGACGUGUACCUGUGUUGCUGCUGCACUCUUCUGGCUGCUUUUAACUCUCUUCAUUCGUAAACUCAAAAAGCCGAGAUCAGCAGAAAUAAAAACCGACUACCUGUCAAUCAUAAUGGAUCCAGAUGAAGUACCACUUGAUGAGCAAUGUGAACACCUUCCUUAUGAUGAUAAUAAAUGGGAGUUUCCACGAGACAGGCUGAAACUAGGUAAAACUCUCGGUCGUGGGGCUUUUGGGAAAGUUGUGGAAGCCUCUGCUUUUGGCAUUCAUAAAUCAUCCACAUGUAAGACUGUUGCUAUUAAAAUGCUGAAAGAGGGGGCAACAGCCAGUGAAUACAAAGCUUUAAUGUCAGAACUAAAGAUCUUGAUUCAUAUUGGACAUCAUUUGAAUGUGGUGAAUUUGUUAGGAGCAUGCACCAGACAUGGAGGUCCUUUGAUGGUAAUUGUUGAAUAUUGUAAAUAUGGCAACCUCUCCAACUAUCUCAAGAGCAAGAGAAAUAACUUUGUGCUGCACAAGGAAACUACACUACAGACUGACCCCAUUCAAGAGAAGACCUCGAUGGAGGGUAAAAAGAAAAGGCUGGCUAGCGUCACAAGCUCUGAGAGCUCCACAAGUUCUGGGUUUGAUGAAGACAAAACUCUAAGUGAUGUUGAAGAGGAAGAGGAGGAAACUGAUGACUUGUACAAAGGACCAAUUACCAUGGAGGACCUGAUCAGUUAUAGUUUCCAAGUGGCCCGAGGCAUGGAAUUCCUGGCAUCAAGAAAGUGCAUCCAUCGAGAUCUGGCAGCAAGAAACGUCCUUUUAUCUGAGAACAAUGUAGUUAAGAUUUGUGACUUCGGACUUGCACGAGAUAUUUACAAAGAUCCUGAUUAUGUACGAAAGGGAGAUGCAAGGCUCCCUCUCAAGUGGAUGGCCCCUGAAUCUAUAUUUGACAAAAUCUAUAAUACUCAAAGUGAUGUUUGGUCUUAUGGAGUUUUGCUGUGGGAAAUAUUUUCCUUAGGAGCAUCACCAUACCCAGGAGUUCAGAUUGAUGAAGAUUUUUGCAGGCGACUAAGAGAGGGCACAAGGAUGCGAGCUCCUGAAUAUUCAACUCCAGAAAUUUAUCAAAUAUUACUUGACUGCUGGUAUGUUGAUCCCAAAGAACGGCCAACUUUCACAGAGCUUGUGCAAAGACUUGGAGAUUUAUUGCAAGCAAAUGCCCAACAGGAUGGAAAAGAUUACAUCCCACUGAGUACCAUGCUUGUAACAAAUAGCUUUCACUUUUUGGUUCCAACAUCACCUGAUUCCUGCUUGAGAGAUGAAAUGGAGGGUGCAAAAUUUAAUUACGAACGUACAGGAAGCUUUGGAUAUAUUAACACUGGUAUAAAGAAACAUCCACAGAAUUUAAAGACCUUUGAAGAAUUACCACUUCAGCUUGCAACGUUAACAGAUGAUUAUCAGACUGAUAGUGGAAUGGUGUUAACAUCAGAAGAAUUGGAUCAUCCAAUGUGGGCCAAUAUCAAACCAAGGCAUUUACAUUCUUUUGGCUUGAAAGCAGCAAGCAAGAGUGAAGAGUCAGUUUUUACUGAAACUGUCAAUCAGACAAGCACUAACAAUGCUGAUUACCAACUCGAAGAUGAAGGCAAUCAAAUGUCUGAACAUGAGAGUUUGAGAUUGCUCAAUUCCUUUGAGACAAAAAUGAGUCGCUGUACACCGCCGCCGGACUACAAUUCACUAACCUUUUAUACUUCACCACAUGUUUAAAGAAUGGCCAGCAUAGGAAAUCAACCAAUUCAAAAUGUUGUUACACUCCCGGAAGGAACCAUUUUACUUAUCGCCUUUACCGAUACUGGAACAUAAUGUGCCACUCACUCACAGAAAUCUGAUGUUAAGCAUAGCCAAAUGUUGACAUCAAAUGCAAUGGCCCACUUUUCAUGAUCAAUGGUGAAGGAAAAGAGCCUUUAAAUUAUUUCAAGGAAAUCUUGCCCUAAAGAUGUGGCAACCUCUGCAGCACGCGUUUUCUAUUUCCUGAAGCCAGUUUGAAUCUGACAUCAUGUCAGGUACAUCUUCGGGCAUCGCACGACAUGGAUGGCAUCACAUGAGAUAAACAGCCAAUAAAAUUUGCAUCUAUAAUCUUUCAAUGUUGUGACAUCUUAUAGAGAGCAAUACAAACGAUUCAAAUAUUUGGAAUAUUCAAGUAUGGUAGUAUGGUGUUUAUGUUACUAGGCUAGCAAUCCAGAGGCCUGAACUGAUGAUAUGAAGAUGUGUUCAAAGUGAGUCCUUGGCAGUUGGACUCUUAAUGUCACAUAAAAAGCUAGUGUCAAUAUUGGUGACCAUGUGACUACCAGACACAAAAACAGCAAUCUACAAACGACUACAAUUACUGUAAUUUAGUUCACUCCAUGUGAUAUCAAGAACUAGUUGGAGACACUGGACACUUCAAAGGCUGUGGGCCUCGACAACAUUCUAGCCUAAUGCUCCAGAAUUUGUUGCCCCUGUAACCAAGCUGUUCCAGUACAGCUACUAUCCUAGCAUCUCCCCAACAAUAUGAAAAAUUCCCCAAAGUACAUUUCAAACACACAAAAAAAACAUACCAAUUAUCGUCCCAACAGUCCACUGUCCAUCAUCAGUAAAUUGAUGGAAGAUGUCAUUAAUAGUGCUGUCAAGCAGCUCAGCAGUAAAUUGCUCAUAGAUGCCCAGUUUGGAUUCCACCAGGUCCACUCAGCUCCUGAUCUCAUUGGUUCAAACAAGAACAAAAGAUGAAUUACAGAGGUGGUGAGAGUUACUGCCUUUAACAUCAAGGUUGCAUUUGACUGAGCAUGGCAUCGAGGAGCCCAAGAAAAUCCUGAGUCAAUGGGAAUUAGGGAAAAUUUCACUGCUUGGAGUCAUACCUGGCACAAAGGAAAUUGGUUGUGGUUUUUGGAGAUCAGUCAUCCUUUUCCUCAGAUAGUGUCCCAGACCCCACCAUUUCAGUUGCUUCAUCAAUGACUUUCUCUCCAUCAUUAAGUCAGAAGUGGGAAUGUUCACCGAUGAUUGUACAAUGUUCGGCACCAUUCAUGACUUCUCAGACACUGAAGCAGAUCAUGUGUAAAUUCAGCAAAACCCAGACUGUAUCCAAGCUACGGCUGAGAUGUGGCUAAUAACAUUUGUGGCACACAAAUGCUAGGUGAUGGCCAUCUCUAACAAGACAGAAUCUAACUAUCACCCCUUGACAUUCUAUGACAUUACAAUCACUGAAUGCCCGCUGCCACCAUCUGGGGUUAUCAUUAACUAGACUAGCAGUACAACUAUAGUGGUUACAAGAGCUGAUCUGAGACUAUGAAUCCUGCAGCAAAUAACUAUCUUCCUGAAUCUCUAAACCCUAUCCUGCCAUUAACAAAGCACAAGUCAAAAGUGCGAUGAAGUCUCCCCACUUGCCUGGAUGAGCACAGCUCCAACAACAUUCAAGAAGCUUGACACCAUCAAGGACAAAGCCUACUUGAUUGGUAUUACAUCCAUGAACAUCCACACCGUCCAAAAUCAAAGUUCUGCAGCAGCAAUGUGUACCGCCUACAAGAUGCACCGCACAGUCACCAAGGCUCCUUAGGCAGCAUCUUCAAACCAACAAACAUUUCCAUCUAGAAGGACAAGGGAGAAAAUACAUGGGAACACCACCACCUGCAAGAUCCCCUCCAAGUCACUCACUAUCUUGACUUGGAAAUAUAUCACUGCUCACUCACUGUCAUUGUGUCAAAGUCCUAGAAUUCUUUCCUUAACUUAACUCUAGGUCCAUGCACAGCAUAUAAGCUACAGUAGUGCAAGAAGGCAGCUCACCAUCAUCUUCUCAUGGGUAAUUAGAGUUGUGUAAUAAAUAUUGACUCAGCCAGUGACGCCCACAUCCCAAGAAUGAUUAAAUAAGAGUGUAUCUGGUUGGCCUUUAUUAUUUAUAAAAUCUGCUACCCUUGCAUAGUCUGGCUUAUAUGUGACUCUAGAACCCUAGACGUACAGCUUACUGCCCUCUAAAAUAGCCCAACAAGUCAUUCUGUUACAUUCAAGAUGAAGAUUCACCAUCCCCUUCUCAAAUCUGAUUGUUGAUUGGCAAUAAAUAGGACAGGCCUCAAUCAAAAAUAUAUAAGGUGAAAUAUCAUAGAUUUUUUCAAGAUGUGAGAUUAUUUUUAUUAAAACAAAAGUUCCAUAAAUAUAAAAUUCAUUUCCAGCAUCAGAAUUUUUUUCAGAAGUUAAUGAGAACUUAUUAAAUCAUUAAAGAUCAUUGUGACAUCUCAUUCAACAAGGUGCAACUUUUUCAAUGGUUUUUAUGAUGAAGUUAAUUGCAAAAAAGACCACGGUCUCAUAAUUGCCAUGGCUUCUAUGUAAUUGAAGUGAUGGUGACAUUUUUGAGGAACUCAACAGUGCAUCCUGUUUGAAUCACAAAUCACAACUUGUGAAUUUAUGCAUUUAACUGGAGUUGUUGCUGUCAAUUUCAGAUGAGUAUAGGAAACAAAUUCUCAUAGUUAGUCCUCACUACCACAAAAUCCAGGCUAAUUUGGAGAAAUAUUGAAAUUGUUAAAUGGGCUGCAACUUAAUGGAAUUUAACUCCUUAAUGUUGUGGUGUGAACCUCUCCUAGCUAACUAUUGUACAGCUAUUACAACUACAUCACAAGUAGUUGAGGUUCCAGCUAUUCUUGCACUGUCAAAAAAACAAACCCAUAAAAGCACCCAAAAUUUCACACAAAACUUAAAAUCUUGACUUUCUGUACAGGCAUUGAGCCACUUCUAAAUUAAUAUAGUGCAUUGGAGGCAUGUCAAGGAUAGUUUGGAUCUGAAUACCCGAAAAACUGUGUUUCAGCUGCCCUAUCUAAUUUCAACAUAGUAUCUGCUUCAUUAGUAUUCCAGAUAUAUGUUUAAAUGUAAAUGUGCUUCACUUUAGUGCGUACAAUACAUAUUAGUAAAGCUGCUAUCGAUAUAUAAAGCUAAAUUACUACUUUCAUGAAUUGUGACUGUUUCAAAAAUCUGACAGUGCUACCUACAAGACUUAUUUGCAGGAGUAUUGUUUAUUUGUUUUACGACAUUACAAAUGAAUGGUCUGAAAUGCUCUAUGAAUUGCAAGAAAGAAUUUGAAUUUAACCUGUGUAAUGCAUUUCCCAAAAACAUUCCAAAACAAUUCACAGGCAAUGCAUUACUUUAAAAGUAUGAUCACUGUUGUAAUGUAGCUAAAUGACCAGAUGAUCUGUUGUUUAGUUGUGGUGUUGUUUGAGGAAGAACAGUUGGCCAAGGCCGAAGAUAAACUCCUCAUAUCUUGAAAUAGUCCAACUGGAUCAUUUACACAUGGCUGAGGAGGUGGAUGGUGUCUCUGACAUUUCAUCUGAAAAAUGCACUCCCAGUACUGUGUUGAAUCAGCCUGACUAAGGGUUCAAGUCUUCAGGAUGAACUCACAGUCUGCAGAUUCAAAGAGUGCUAUCACUGAACCAAGUCUAACCUCUAUAUCCUCCUAUUUUCACACAGAACCUUUCCUCUUACAUAGCCUGCACGUUUUACCUAUAGCGUACAUCGCUAGUAUAGGACUGAAACUUUAAAAACUUAAAUACUAUUCUUUAUUAUAAUGUUACACCUCGCAAGUAGUUUAAAAUGAGGAAUGGGCAGUUUAAUAUUUUGUUGAAAGCUGUGUGUACUUUGUAAGAAGUUGUGUGUUAGGAUGAAUGAAAAUGCAAAAGUUAAGCUAGUGCUGUGUAUUCCUUGUGUACAACACCAUUGUGCUCGAAUAUCACAGACACAAAAUUAAUGUGAACUUUUUAAUUGGUAUACUGUCAAUAACACUGAAGUACUUAAAUCCAUUGAAUAGCAGAAUUCAUUUGGUAUGAUUCAAUACUUUAAGUGUAUUUCUUAUUGGUAAUAAUGGAAUUCUGUCUACUACAGUGCCUUGGAUAGUAUAUUACUUAAUUCUAUUAUCUUUUAAGACAAGAUGAAGUUCUUUUGGAAUUAAUGUAAAUUUGGUUAACAUCAGUGUGAGCUGCUAAGAUAUUUCAAUAUUUAGUUUUGUUAAUCCAUUUGUCAAAAUUUGAGUUACAGGUAUUACUUUUUUUUAAAGCCCUGAUGUAGUGGUUCUUGUUUAGAUUGCAUAAUGGCUGUCAAAUUAUUAGUUCUGUGAUUACACAGACUACUGUAGCAGAACUUGAUGUUAAAAAUACUAGAUGACAGUGUCAUUGUAAUAAAACAAACAACUGUGGAUGCUGCAGAUCUGAAACAAAAACAGAAAUUGCUGGAGAAACUCAUCUAUGGAGGGAAAGCAGAGUUAACAUUUCUCUUAGCCACUGGACUCAAAACAUUAACUCUGCCCUUUUACCACAGAUGCUACCAGACCUGCUGAGUUUCUCCAGCAAUUUCUGUUUUAUGCUAUUGUAAUAGCGUUACUUAAAUAGAAAAGUUACUAUUGUUCAGAAUACUAAGACUUAUAAAGCUUUUCACAGCUGUACAAUGAUACUGAUGUUAAAAGUGGAUGAAAUUGUUGAGUGAAAGGGCCACAUCAUUAUUUCAGGAAACGCCAUAAAACAUUCAGGAUUCAAAUGUUGCUGUACUAAGUAUUAGUGAAGUAUUCAAAACAAUACUAUUCUCUUUGAGUUUAGAUACCAACAGUAAAUUAGGAAGAGAGAAAUUUGAGAUUUUGUUAAAUGCACUAAAACUGUUAUAGCCUUUCAGCAAAUAUGCAGAUGUAUAUCCGAAGUAAUCUUGCAUUACAUUGUUUUAUAUAAUACCACAAGUAUAUUUGUAAUUGAAUAAAGCUUAUUGUUCAGUGUCUUUAAUAUCUAACUUCACGAAAAGUAGAAUCUCAAAUGCUUUAAUGAGCAGGAAAAUCUAGCAAAACAGCUAAAGAAAGAAUUUCCACAUUAUCCUGCAUUGCUAGUAACAUUUUUGAUGGAGGAUAAAGGAACAUAAAGAAAUAUUAAGUUACAUUUUUAACAGCCAUUCCAUGUAACAAAAACAUUAAAUAUUUUCUUCAUAAUCCUUCACAUAAUCUUAGCAAUCCUUCACAAAUGUGUUCCUGCUGUAACUCCAGGUCAAGGCUUAAGAAUUGCUAUGACCCUACAAUGAGAAUUAGGCUUGACAGAUAAGUGAAGCAAGCCAUGGACAUCAUUUAAAAAAUGUCAAAGGUUUAGGAAGCGUUGCAUCUGUUACACUUAGAACUUCAUGACAAUGAUUGCUACCUUAAAAAGCAUGCAACCCUGGAAUAUCAUCUUGCAACCCCAUCUGGGGUGUGGGGUCAUGAUUCCAUAGUUUAGGAAGCCCUGCUCUUAGAAGUGCUGAGGAAACUCCAGGGUUGUUCAUUAUCUUUUGAGCCUCCCAUGUAUCUGCAUGAUAUCUUAUCUAAAUAUUCACUGCAGACAGAUUUCAGUAGCCAUUGUCUUUGAAAUGAAAACAUUUUUAUAAAAUCUAGUAAUCUAAUAGAAAUGGUUUUCAAACAUACCCGACAUUGAAAAUUUCAUUCAUAAAAUCUCAAAAAGAUUAGAUACCCUCAAGUUGUUAAAACAAACACAUUCACAUAUCACAUCAAAGACUGAUGAUCCUUGAAGAAUCUCUUAAAACUGAAGAAAUCUAUGCACAUAGUACUGCCUGCUGAGAAACGCCAAUCUGGAGCUUUUGAAAUACAAACAAAUCAUCGGAGUCCAGAACGUAGCAGUGGCUUGGGCUGGUGGAAUUUUAGCAGUCGGCAGCAAAAUGGCUGGCAAUCCCAGAUGGCGGUUGGCGAUGAAAAGGCUGGUGAACUUGGAUUUUGUUUGCUGGCAAAGCGAAUAGUGAGGCCAGAUGGCAGUCUGUGGUGAGGGACUCAGCCCAGCAUUGGGGAGAGUACGGCCUAUGGGAGAGUUCAGGAGAAGAGUGUGUCCUUGUGGGGAAAGCCCAACAUGGCUACAGAAGGACUGUAAUGUUGAAUUUUUAACCAUAUUUCUUUACCGUUCUUCUUAGUAUAAAGUGAACUUUUAACUUAUUUCUUUAUUUUUUGAUUUUGUAGCUAGGUACCUUUGUACUUAAGAUGGCACUAGGAAUGGCAACUUUGUACACUUUCCACUGUACUCC